AUGCCCAUCACUGUUUGUGGUAGGAGCGAUAUGCGUGCACGUAUGACCAAGUGCGUAGGAAUGCAUCGGCUCGCAACUCGGAUCCUGUCGUUCAGCGGCAGCUCUGGAUCUGCCACCCGCAGUAGCGGCAACACGCCUUCUCUGGAGGGGAGGUCGCCAGGGGCAGUGGCGGCCGCCGCAGCAGUGGCGACGAUGACGUCCACUUCCAGCUCUUUGACGGCUCCUGAGGCCGCCAAACCCACACCUGCACCCGGAGUAAACCAACCAAAACCCGACUUCGUGUGGACCAGGCACUGGUGGCCGCUGAUCCCCGUGGACUACCUCAAGCCCGACCGCCCCAACCCCGUCACUCUGCUGGGCAUCACGAUGGUGGUGUGGAGGGACGCGGGCGGCAGGUGGCGCGUGUUCCGAGACCGCUGUCCGCACCGCCUGGCGCCGCUGUCGGAGGGUCGAGUGGAGUCGGACGGCUCGCUGUCCUGCGCGUACCACGGCUGGCGCUUCGAUGGUUCCGGAGCCUGUCGCCGAAUUCCGCAGGCGGUGGAUGCGGCAUCAGAGGCGGCGGCGUGCAGCAGCAGGCGGUCCUGUGCCACAGCCUACCCCGCCCGAGUCGAGUUCAACAUGUUGUGGGUGUGGCCCGACGCAUCGCCUGACGCGGAGGCUGCAGCGGCCGCUACCGAACUCGUCGUCAGCAACGACCUGCGCCGCAGGGACAACCCAGGUGGUACGAACUUUUCGUGGUUUAUGCGAGACCUGCCGUACAGCUACGAGAUUUUACUGGAGAAUCUGACGGACCCUUCACACUUACCAUUCAGCCACCACGGGCACAGCCCGGCUUUGGCGAGGGACAAAGGUGGCGCCAUGCCGAUGAAGCCAUCCCAGGACGUCACCACUGCCGCUGCCGGCGCUGAGUCACCCACACCACCACCCCAAUGGGCUCGUCCCGAUGGUCCGGAUUUCGAGUUUGACUUCCGGGGUAACAUCUCCCCAGACGCCACCAUCAGUGUCCACAUGCCACAUCAAGUAAUGUACACCUACCGCUUGGGGCCGCAGUUCCAGAUACGCAUGGAGCUGUUCGCGGUCCCGGUGGCGCCGGGGCGGAGCCGCUUCUUCUCCUUCUACUCCCGGAUUCCGAUUCGCUUCUCACCACAGAAGCUGCUAACUGGGGGUGUCGUACAGGCCGCCAAGUACCUGCUGUACGUGUGGGACCCGGUGGUGCUGUCGCAUUUGUCUACACACGAGAUUUUGGACGGUGACAGUGUCUUCCUCAGCGUACAGGAUGAGGUGGUGCAGGAGGCUGAGGAGCGUGCUGCCAUCACCGCCACGGUCCCUGGCGGGGACCCCGUCGUCACCGCCAAGGACGCGGCAGCCGCAGCCGCCAAUGGCGGCGGCGCCGCCAGAAGCGCUAGUACACUGUUGUCACGGCUGUACUACAUGCCAGCUCAGGCGGACGCUGCCGUACAGGCGGGCCGGCGGUGGAUUGAGGAGCGUGCGGGUGGGGCCCCGUUCCGGGCUCGACAGCAGCAGCUGCUGGCGGGCCGAGCGGCAACCAUCGGCGCCGCCACCGAUAUCAGUGGAUCGGCGGAAACGUUGACGACGGGCGGCCUAGUGGGGCUGCUAGCGGCGGAUAAGGUGCCUGGAGAGGCCCCAGAUCCCCAGCGCCGGCGCCAUUUGCUCAGUCGCUACGAGCAGCACACCCGGCAUUGCCCCUCCUGCAGCAAACGCCUGCAGCAGUUGCAGCAGAUGGUGGCGGCGGCCGCUGCCGUACAGAAGAUAUGUCUGUUGGGCAUGUGUGUCGCUGGUGGUGCUCUAAGCGCCGUGUUGGCGGUGGCGGCGGCGGCGGCGGCUGCACCAGCGGCCGUACCCUGGGCACUGCCGGCGGCGGCGCUGGCGGGCUCGGCGGCGCUGUGGGCGGUGGCUGGCGGGCUGGCGGCGGCAGCGGAGACCGUGUCUAAGAUGUUUAUCUUCCAAGACCACGUGCACGCGGACAAGAACUGA